AAGACUUUCUUCUGGGCCUUUAUUCCUCGAAGACUGCGUGAGUUCCAGGAAUUCACCAAAGACAUUGAGGUGUCGCAGGUUGAAAAGGUGCAUUGUGCACUUUCGCUUCACCAUCCCAUGUCUACCAUAUUUACGCCUUAUAAAUCCUUUCAUUAGUACAGUUUUUGUGAAUCGGACCGCCCACGUCACGCGACAUCGCCAUCUGACCCACUGCCUGCGCAACUGUACGAUUGCAGGCGCAAUAUGUUCGGCUUAACGCACGCUUUGUCGUCUCUGGACUCCAUGUAUCUUGGACAUAGAUCCAUCGUAACGCAGAUAUGUCUUCUGGUCCUUUCUGUGCUUGCCAGUCGCGCACCGCCCGCAGGAUUCCACGAUCCUAAGAGCAGAGCGGUAGAUUAUGUUAAUCCACUAAUAGGGAACGGAGGUGAUACUCCGAAUGGCUCAGGAGGGAUGAUCCCCAGUACUUCGCCUCCUUUCGCCAUGACAAGAUGGGUAGCACAAACUCGGCAGAACUAUGUGUCCAUGACGCCUUAUAAUCACACCGACACCUCGAUACAUGGCUUUCAAGGAACGCAUCAACCGGCUAUUUGGAUGGGAGAGAGUGGCCAAGUUGUCGUAGUCCCGGGAGCUGGUCAGGUGCAGCCCAUUUUUGAACAGAGAGGGAUGGCUUUCAACCAUGAAAGCGAAGUGCUGACGCCGAGCUACUACAAAGCGGAGAUGCGAGCGAUCGAGAGUGGCAUAAUCGUGGCAGAACAAAGUUCAACUUCUCGGGUUGGGCACUUGAGGUUCACGUUCAACGGUACGAGUGCGCCGUAUGUUCUUCUCGAAGCUACGCGGCCUUCAGUCGUGGGCUCCGAAGACACAACGAAUCUCACUUACCCCUUCGGCACGGUGUCUAUCGAUCCAUCAAGGCAGGAAAUCACGGGCUCGAACCCUGAGAGACAAGACUUCAUCAUCGGACCCAACGUAGCCCCAUCUUUUCGUGGCUAUUUUUGCGCUCGCUUCGACGCGCCUUUUACGACCUGGGGAACCGCCACCAACGGCACGCUGCACAUUGGAGAAACAAGCUCUAACGGAACGAUGCUCAGCGGGUAUGCCGCAUUCACUCCGGAUACACGCGUGGUAAACGUCCGCGUCGGAGUAUCUUUCAUAUCCGUCGACCAGGCUCGCAAGAAUUUGGAUACUGAAAUUCCGGAUACCACCACGUUGGAGCAGACGGCAAAAAAGACUCGGACAGAAUGGGCUGAGAAGCUGGACCGUAUCUCAGUAGAGGGCGGAUCAGAAGACGAUUUAACUGUCCUCUACACUGCUGUGUUCCACAGCCUUCAGUAUCCAUACGAGCAAAGUGAGGAUGGGAAGUACUACUCUGGAUAUGAUGACACUAUUCAUGAAGGACAAUCCUACACUGGGUACUCGAUUUGGGAUACAUUCCGUGCUGCUUGGGCCUGGCAGAUUUUACUCGCUCCCGAAAGAAUUUCCGGCAUGGUGCAGAGCAUGUUGCAAGACUACAAGGAGGGUGGAUGGCUGCCAAUGUGGAAGAAUAUAGUCGAGACGAAUAUCAUGGUUGGGACCCAUGCAGACUCGCUUAUUGCCGAGGCCGUGCUCAAGAACAUCACUGACUUUGACAUCGAUACGGCAUAUGAAGCAGUGCAUAAAGAUGCCACUGUCCCGCCUGUCGAUGAUGAUACGAUCUCUUACUUCGACAGAGAAGAACAUGUUGGAUAUGAAGUCCGCGCUGGACUGUCGUCCGUGUAUGAUACGAAAGGUUGGGUAGCUGAUGAUAUUCACUCCGAGUCCGCUUCGAGGACGCUGGAUUAUGCAUAUGACGACUUUGCGGUAUCCGUGCUCGCUGGUUUGCUGAACAAAUCUGAAGACGCGCAGUUCUUCCGACAACGUUCCAUGAUCACGCCGUUCACCAUAUAUAACAACAAGACGGACUUCAUGGAAGCCAAGAAUGCCGAUGGUUCCUGGGCGGGUGCAGAUAUGGGUUGGACUGAAGGCGACAAAUGGGCAUAUUCAUUUGAUGUUGUCCAUGCCAUGGAUGAGCUUAUCGAGGCAAGGGGGGGACGGGCCGCUUUUGUGAAAAGCUUGCAAGCGCAUUUCGAUGGAGGACACAACGAUCAUGCAAAUGAGCCGUCACAUCAUAUCCCGUACCUCUACGCUCUGGCCCGCGCAGCAUCCAUCGGUCAGGAACGUUUACGCGAAAUUGUUUUCGCCAACUACGACAAUAGCGUAGACGGGUUAUCUGGGAACGAAGACUGCGGACAAAUGAGCGCGUGGUAUAUCUUCACUGCCAUGGGGUUCUAUCCAGUCAACCCUGUCUCAGGUGAAUAUGUGGUCGGAUCGCCUUUGUUCGACAGAAUAAGUGUUCGAUUGCCCGGAGUCAGAGCACCCCUUCGCAUCACGUCCACCGGCGCGACUACAAAGACAUAUGUCGAAUCGGUGACUGUCAAUGGGCAACCUCUUCGCGAUCCCAUCAUCACACACGAGCAAAUCGCUCAUGGCGCGGAUAUCGUUUUUAAGAUGAGCGAUAAACCGCAGGCGUGGGCCUCUGAAACUUUGCAAGGGUAGCAGUUUGAUACACUACUGAGUUGAUCGACUUCUCUCUUUGGGAUCAGCACGGACAGAAUAUUUUACUCUACUAUCUGCUACCUGCCCUCAUGUUUGCCCAGCAAAAUUCUCUGUCUUGGCAAGCCUCAGUCGCUCAUGGAGAAAUCCUCACGAGCC